GCGCAUUUGGCAGUUGGCAGCCGGCCGCAUUCGGCGGCACCUCGCCCCGGGCCCGUCCCCCAUUUCCCGGCUUUCCCUCCGGGGGUUCUGACCCCUCGCCCCCGGGCGGCCGGCCCCGGUUGCCGGGGACCUCCGCAUGCUGCCCCAGGGGCAGGCAUUCGCCAGAUCUGGAACGCCGAGCCCAAUACCGGCGUGCGCGCGCACGGCCGCCGACGGGGGAGACGCGUCCGGGGCGGGCUGCCUGGCAAGUGCGGAGGGUGAGCCGCGAAGCGCCGACAGCGGGGCAGCGUGUGAAUACGCGUGUGGUCCCCCUGUGCUCUCGCCGCGCCAUCACUAGCCGGAUCCCGGACACGCGGCAGGAGGGGGACCGGCGUCGGAUGCCAUGCUCCCCGCGCUAAGGGCCGGCACACAACUAUAUGACGGCGCCUCUCGCGGCAUUCGCCGCAGCCACUUGCCUCGCAACUCUCCCCGCCCCCGCAUUUCCCCCCUCCUGAUCCGCGGCCGCUCCCCUCCCCCGGCUCCUCGGCCUCGCGCUAUCCUGUGGCUCUCGAGCAUGCUUCGGCCACGCCGGCGGCCGGCCGGCCCCCUCCGGGCGGCCCUGCGACUGCUGCUGGGCCUGGGCGCCCUGCUGGCCUGCGGGCUGGCCUCCACGCCGGUGGGGCUCCUCCGGUCGGCCGGGCCCCUGCACUUUGCCCUGCCCCCCGGCGCCGCGGGCACCCUCGGUGCCUUCCACAGCGGCCAGCCCAGCCAGCUGGUGGUCAGCCCACCCGACCAGCCGGCCACCCUCCACCGGCAGACCGCCAUCCUCACCACGUACCAGGACAUCCGACUGGGCAGUCUCUUCGGCCGGGCGCCCUCAGACCCGCUGCCCGGGCCGCCCGGCGGCGACACGGCCCCCGAUGUCCAACUGAUCAUCUCGCCCAGCCCCAACGGGCCGUGCCUCUUCAGCCUGUCCAGUGCCAAUGCCGGCUUCUUCCGUGCCGGCCAGUGGCUCCUGAACCCCAUCGCCGCGGGUGCCGUGGCCCUGGCACACACGGCAUUCGAAAGCAACACCGCCUUCCUCCUGCUCCAUUGGCCGGACUCCAACCAGCUGAAGCUUGCCACCUUCCCAAACACCGGCAUGGCCAAGGUCAUCGAUCUUGGCACGGCGAUGGCCGGCCCAGCACCGCUGGCCGCCGCGGCCGGCACCCCGCUGGCCUUCCUCACAGCCCGGGGCACCCAGGUGAAAGUCUUCUUCCCGACAGCCAAUGGCCAGGGGAUGGCCAACUCCUUUGCCACUAAUCUGCCAGCCCCGGUGGUCGGCUCGCCGAUCAUCACUCGCUUGCGUCCCGGUGACCCGGCCCUUGCGCUGUUUCUGCUCAAUUCAGGCCAGGUGGCGUCCUAUGCGAUUGACUACAACAAUCUGUCCUCUCAUGGCGACAUUUACGUCCCGGACGGAGCUGCCGCCGAUGCCCGGCUCUUCGGCGCCAGCUGCCUCGAGCUCGGCCCCAAUGACGGGGGUCCCCUGUUUCUGGCCAAUCCCGGCCCCGAUGGUCGGCUGUGGCGGCUGAAUGUCGACACCGGUGGCCACCUCGCCGGCUGGACGGAGCUCCGGCUGCCGGCCGGCACCCUUGCCGGUGCCCUGCGCCCGGUGCUCCUGAACACGGCCACCGGCCCGAUGUGGACCCUGGCCGACUCGCAUGCAUACCUCCAGGCCGAUGUGUUCGGCUGCUCCACCACCGACCCGACCAUCUCCUGCUCGGCCACCGAGUACACCUGCGCCAGUGGCAGCGUCCCCUCCGGACUGCUGAUGGAUGGGCGCCUGUGUGCUGGCUGCGAGGAUGGCACCACCGCCUCGAGCCCCUGGUCCGCUGCCGCACCCUGCACGGCCUGCAUGCAGGCCGGCUGCCUCGUUUGCCACGACGCCAGCUGCCUCCAUUGCCCGGCCGGCACCCUGCCCCAAACCGACAUGCAAUCCGGCGACACCGUCUGCGUGAGCUCCUGCGCAGCUGGCUACCACGCGGCCGGCGGCCGCUGCCUGCCGGUGAUGCCACGCCGCCCGCGCGGGCUGACGCACCCGGAGCCGAGAUUCCAGGGGCCCGGCGGCUCGGGCGCCCCUCCGAUGUCGGGGGCCCGGCUUUUGGCCCCGACGUGCCUGGCCACCGCCAAUGGCCAGCUGUCGCUCCUGCUCGACCCCCCGAGCGGCCGGGCUUCCGAUACGCGCCUGCUUCUCUUUCACUCGGAUCCCCAGCACAAGCCGGCCAUCCUCCACGCGAAUGUCUUCAGCGGGCCCCCGGCCGCCGGGCCGCUGUUCGAUGUGCACCCGCUUGACCUCUGGCCAGCCGAUGCGCCCACCUUCACGCACUUUCUGAAUUUGCUCCCGGUCGAGCAGACGUCCGGUGCCCCGGCCGCGGCCCUGCUCGGCUGCCAUGGCCACACCCUGCACUGGGGCAAGGUGAUGUGCAAUGGGCCGGCUUCCCUGGCGGGGUCUUGCGCCGCAUACUUCGGCACCUUCACCGACACCGAGGCCCCUUGCUACGGCCUCCGCGCGUUGGCUCCGAAUUUGGCGGCCGUCCUGGGCGCGCGCAGCGGCCUGCGCCUGGCCAUGCUCCACCCCUCGGGCGGCAUUCGCAUGCAGAGCCUGCCGGGCUACAUCCAGCCCCCGGCGGUGCUGCCGCUGUUGUCCCACUCGAGCGCGGUGUCCGAUUGGCUGCUGGCCGUGGGCCCCCAGCAGUCGGGCUUCCUGCCCCUGAAUAUGGCCCUGGUGCAGGACCCGCGGCUGGAAGCAGCGCCCCCGGCCCUGCGCCACAUGGUGCCGGACGGCUGGGUCCCGGUGGCCCUGCCGCACAAAACGCGCAGCCUGGCGGAGGUCUUCUUGACGGGCCUUCACCAUGAUUCCCCGCCCGGCGGUGAGACUCCCCCCGCAUGGGUCGUGGAGCAUGUCCCCCUGUCUGGCGGCGAGGCGCAAUGGACCGUCGCCGGGCUCUCCACCCAGGAACAGGUGCUCGGCCGGCUGCCGGUCGACCCCGGGCCGGAUGUCCAUUUCCGGGUCCUCUCCACGCCGGGCGAUGUGAAUGUCCCAAGCGCCCUGCUGCUGCUGUCCCCGCGGGUGGUGGGCUUUGCCCAACUCCAGUGCCUGCAGUUGGGCGGCUGCUGGCUUCGGGACGCUUGGUUCCAGGUCCUCUCGGCGGACCUGGCCUUCGAUCCGGCACUGGCCCUGCCGCUGCCCCAGAAUGCCAGCCCCUCCACCCGCGUCGACAUGCUGGUCAUCCGGCCCGGCAUCGGCCUGGCGACCCUGGCCCUUGAGGAACAGUGCGGCAGUGACUUCUCCGACCCGAACCCCUGCGUACCCUGCCAUCCGCGCUGCGCCACCUGCUCCGGAAGCAGCCCCUCCCAAUGUAUCAGCUGCUCUCUGGCAGCAUGGCGCGAGCCGUUCGACUGCCUGGACUACUGCCCGGAGGGGCUCGUCCACCAGGGAAACCAGUGCGUCUGCCAUGACACCUGCUCCGAGUGCCAAAAGGUCCCCUCGACCGAGCGGUACCAAUGCCAGGCGUGCCAGGCCGGCUGGGCCCUGGAGCCGGGGGCUCACCCCGUCCGGUGUCUCCAAUGCCAUGACUCCUGCUCCAUGUGCACCGCCGGGGAGGACCCGGCCGCCUGCACCGCCUGCCACCAGGGCCACUACCUGCAGGGUUCCCAGUGCCUGGACAGCUGCCCGGUCGGCCUCUGGCCAGACAACCUGCUGAAUCGGUGCCAGCCCUGCCCGGAGGUGUGUCUCUCCUGCACGAGCACCACGCACUGCACCCUUUGCCGGCCGGGGUUCAUCCCGGCCGGGGGCCAAUGCAGGCUGUGCCACAGCAGCUGCCUCUCCUGCACCGACGAGGUCAGCUGCUCCGCCUGCCGGCCGGGGCUGGUCUUCCUGGACCCGGACCCGGGCAUGCCGUCGCUCUGCGGCAGCACCUGCCCGCCGGGGGAGUUCCCCGGGCCCGAGCGGUGCACCCGGUGCGACCGCUCGUGCGACCUGUGCGCCGGCGGGGCCGCCCGCUGCCUGGUGUGCGCCGAGGGCUUCCGGUGGGACAUCGCCGCCCCGGGCCCCGGCAAGACGGGCGCCUGCGUGCCCUGCCCGGCCGGCUGCGCCUCCUGCAUCGGCACCGGCCCCGGCACCAGCCGGUGUCUGUCCUGCGGGGCCGAGCACUUCCUCACCCAAGAUGGCACGUGUGCCGGGUCCUGCCCGGCGGCCACCUUCGGCGAGACCACCCAGUGGACCUGCCAGCCGUGCGAUGUGUCCUGUGGCGCCUGCCUCGGGGGCGGGGCCGACCAGUGCACCGGCUGUGCCGCCGGGCUGGAGCUGGUGGAGGUCACCUCCGGCGCCGGGACCUGCGUGUCCGGCUGCCCGGAGGGCCAGUACCGCGCGGGCACCGACUGCCUGCCCUGCGACGCGGCCUGCGCCACGUGCAACGGCCCCACGGACAAGGACUGCUGGCGGUGCGCCUCCGGCGUCCUGCAGGACGGCGACUGCGUGCAGGCCUGCGCCGCCCAGCAUGUGGCCGUGGCCGACCGGUGCCUGCCCUGCCACCCCUCGUGCGGAAGCUGCACCGGGGUCCGGAGCACCGAGUGCACCGCCUGCCCGGGGGGCCUGCUGGCCCUGCCGGCCGGGCAGACCCCGGGCCGGUGCCCCGGGGGCAUGGCCCACGACGAUGAGGACGCCACCGUGAUGAACACCAUGCUGGAGCUGUCCCUCCCGGGCAGCAUCCUGGUGAGCAUUGCCAAUGACUUCGCCCCGCUCAACGAGGAGGCACUGGGCGCCGGGACCCAGGCGUCGGUCUACGCGGCGCGCGCCGUCGGGGCCGGCAUCUCCGACCGGCUGGGCUGUCCGGGCACCGUAGCUAUCAAGCAGCUGAAGGCCGCGCGCAUGACCCCCACGCAAGUGACCCUCUUCCAGAACGAGGUGGCCCUGAUGUGGCUGCUGCGCGACGCGCCGAACGUCGUCCGGCUGUACGGCUACAGCGAGCAGCCGCCGGCCAUCGUCAUGGAACGCUACCAGACGGAUCUGGCCACGCUGCUGCACUCGGAGGUGCCACUGGCGCCGCAUGUCCUGCUGGACAUGUGCCAGCAGUGGGCCUCCGGGCUGGAGGCCAUGCACGCGCAGGGGAUCGCCCACCGGGACCUGAAGCCGGGCAAUGUCUUUGUCAGCCAGCGCCCGGACGGCGGCUGGCGCGCGGCCCUCGGCGACCUGGGCACCUCGCGCAACCUCAACACCGACCGGUCGUCGACGCUGGUGAGCCAGGCGCCGGAGCUGAAUGCCAUGACGGCGCGGUACGCGGCGCCGGAGGUGCUGGCCGCCUUCCACCGGAAGCGCCCGCUCGAUUGCGAGCUCUUCCUCCCGGCGGACAUCUACUCCGCGGCCAUCAUGCUGUGGGAGUGCCUCAUGCGCACGGUCCCCUGGCAGGGGAGGGACUUCGAGCAGAUCAGCUCCGGGGUGCUGGCCGGCGAGCGGCCGGCCAUCGCCUUUGACGGGCCGCUGGCGGACCUGCUGCCGCUGGCGUGGGACGCCAACCCGCACGCCCGGCCGCCAGCGGCCUCCCUCCGCCAGAAGGCCGCCAUGGCUGCCCUGUCAACGGAAAUGCCCUGA